AUGAAUGAUAUUGUUGAAAGGUACGAAUUAAAAUUAUUGAUAAAUAUAAUAUUAAAUAAUAAUUAUAAGAAUGUAGCUAUACAAUUACCUGACUGUAUGUUGAAAGAUUCUCUUUGUAUUACUAAUCUUCUGAAAAAUGAAUUUCAAAAAUAUAAUAAGGAAAUAAUAUUUAAUGAAUCUAUAAAAAAUAAUAGUAAUAGAGAAAAUAAAAAUAAUGGUAGUAUAAAUAGAAAUGAUAGUGAAUGCUCUCCUUAUUGUUGUAAGGAAAAGAAGAAUGAGGAGCAUUUACAUACAAAUGAAGAAAAAAAAAAUAAUUGGAAAGAUAAUAAAAUUGAUGAUGAUAAGGGUAAUAUAAAAAGUUCUGUUUACGUUGAUAUUGUUGGAAAUAAUAACAACAAUAAUAACCACAAUAAUAACCACAAUAAUAACCACAAUAUUAACCACAAUAAUAACCACAAUAAUAACAAUAAUACAGAUAAACAUGUCAACCUUUAUAUUUUGGGGGACACCACUUUAAAUGAAUGCUGUGAAGAUUAUGUAAGUGCUGAACAUGUUGAGGCCGAUUUUUUAGUUCAUUAUGGAAUCUCAUGUCAAUCAUUUAUUACGCCGUUUAUUCCGUCUAUAUAUAUAUUUAAUAAAAAAAAUAUAGAAGAUAAUUUUUUUCAUAAUAUUAAACAAUAUUUAAAAAACGCAAAUGUUUUUAAACAAAAUAAAACAUCCAUAAUUUUAUGCGAUACCUCUUUUGCACAUGUUUUACCUGAACUGGUCAGGUGUUUUUUUGAUAAAAUAGAAAAAUAUAAUAAUAAAUGUACAGACCUAAAGAAUGAGGAAGAGAAAGAAAUUAAUGAUUCUUUAGGUUUUUAUAGUAAUAAUAAUAAAGUAAUUUAUAAUGUGGAUGAAAAAAUGUAUGUAAAUAAAACAUUUUACCAAAAAGGAGAGGAUAAUUAUAAUGAAUGUAAUAUAACGGAUUUAAAAAAUGAUAAUAAUAGAAAUAAUGAUGAUUAUUAUGAUAACAGUGAAGAUGAUAUAAUAUUUACGAAUAUUAUUGUUUGUCUUUAUCGAAUAGCUAAUAAUAUAAAUGGGAAAGUGUGCUACGGUUUCUUUAAUAAUUAUGUUGAAUUUGAUAUUAAAGAUAAGAUUGAGGAUAAAUAUUUAUUUAUGUGCGGACGUUUGGUUUUUAAAGUUUUUUAUAAUAUGAAAAAAGAAAUGAUUGUUUAUAAAAUUGUUGAGAAAAAAAAAGAGGAGAGUCAAAUAUAUGAACAAAAUGGAGAUAAUGAAUUAAUAAAUAAUAAGAAUAUGAAUUUGUUUAUAUUUUCUUCGGAUAAUAAAAAUUUUAUAAAUAGAUGUUUGUUAGAAUAUAAUAAUUGUAAUAAUAUAUAUAUAUAUGAUACCAAGGAUAUAUUCAUAAAAGAUAGAAGAAAAAUAAUUGAUAAGGUUUUAUUAAAAAGAUAUUCAUUAAUAGAAAAAUGUAAACAAGUUAAUAAUGUUGGUAUAUUGAUUUCUAAUGUUAAUUUAGAAAAAAAUAAAGAAAUAAGAACAUUGAUUAAUUAUAUUUUAAGAAAAAAUAAAAAAAAAUGUUUUACUGUUGUUACAAAUAAAUUAAAUACUGCUAAAUUAGAAAAUUUUUAUGAUAUUGAAAUAUAUAUAUUAUUAACAUGUCCUGAAAACAAUUUAUUAGAGUUAAAAGAAUUUUCAAAAAAAAUAAUUAAUCCGUAUGAAUUUUUUAUAGCAUAUAAUUAUAUAGAAUGGGAGGGAAAAUAUGUAUUCGAUUUUUUUGAAUUAUUAAAUAUUUCUUCUAUAAAAAAAGAAUAUCAAGCUAUACAUAACAAUAAAUAUUUUUUAUGGAAUAUUGAUAAGGAAUUUUUCACUUUAAAAAAUCAUCAUAAGGAUAAUAAGGAUAACAAGGAUGAAAAUGUAAAUGUAAUAAUACAACAAAAUAAUUCAGUUCUAGACAAAUAUGAUCAUUUAAUAGAUUCUAAUUUGUCUAUUUCAGUAGAAGAUCAAAAAAAAUUUAUAACGCGAUUUCAAGAAGAUUCUCAAAUGUGUACAUAUUUUUUGAAUAUAUUAAAAGAAAAUAAUAAAAGAGAAUACAAAGGUGUUGAUAUAAAUUAUAAUAUUGAUCACGUCCCACAUAUAGUUAAAGGAUUAUAUGGAAUAGCACAAAAAUAUGAUACCGAUAUCAAGCACUCAAAAGAACAAUGA